ACGCUUAACUGACUGAGCCACCCAGGUGCCCCAGCCCUUUAUACUUUCUAGAUCGUGUAAGCAGUUACUGAGCUUUUACUUGUAGGGCUUUCUAGUGUGGAUUGCAGUAGCUUGUCUUUGCCACUUUUGUGCAGAAAAAGACCUAGAGAACAUGAAUUUUUUAUUACUGCAAACUUUAUCAAAUUCAUAAAUAAAAAUCACUGCUAAAUGAGUAUGAUUUUCUUCUGCAGCUUAAUUGAGAUAUAAUUUACAUACAGAAAACUGCAUAUAUUUAAAAAGUACAGUUUGAUAAGUUUUGACAUAUGUAUGUACCCGUGAAACCAUCAUCACAUUCAAGAUAUAUUAUAUCCAUCACCCCAGUUUUAACAGCUUUCUGCAUUUUGAUUGCUCUUAAAAUCUUUCUUCACUGUUUUCUUUUGUCAGCAAGCUUAAAAUACAUUUUUAAUCAGCUGAAUAUAUAAGAACUGGUUCCUCCCUUUGCUUAUACCAUGAGUGUUCACAUGUACACUUUAUAAUAUUAUGGAUCUUCUUUCCCUAAUCCUGCAACUAUUUCAUUUGAUUCCCUGAUAAUGAACUUCUGUUAGAAGUGUUAAUAGUUAGUGCCUGUGUGUAUGUUGAUUAACUACUAUAUAAUUUUGUAAAGAGUUUUGUGGUAUUUUGACAUAUUUUCUGAAAGAAUUAUGAGAGAAUUACACCACGCAACCUAUCAUUAAUGAGUAAUUCUUUCACAGGCAGUCUGGGCUCUUGGCAACAUUGCUGGAGAUAGUACCAUGUGCAGAGACUAUGUCUUAGACUGCAAUAUUCUUCCCCCUCUUUUGCAGUUAUUUUCAAAGCAAAACCGCCUGACCAUGACCCGGAAUGCAGUAUGGGCUUUGUCUAAUCUCUGUAGAGGGAAAAGUCCACCUCCAGAAUUUGCAAAGGUUUCCCCCUGUCUGAAUGUGCUUUCCUGGUUGUUAUUUGUCAGUGACACUGAUGUACUGGCUGAUGCCUGCUGGGCCCUCUCAUAUCUAUCAGAUGGACCUAAUGAUAAAAUUCAGGCCGUCAUUGAUGCAGGAGUAUGUAGGAGACUUGUGGAGCUGUUGAUGUAAGAUAUCUUAAAGCGUGUCUGUUCUUUUGUCCCUAUGUUUAUUAGUUUUCUAGAUGCUGAUAAAUACUAAUAUGUUAUACUGACUUAUUGCGCUUUGGGCUGCUCUGUUUUGUUAACUUACAUUGAUGUCAGAUCUGUUCGUUUUGAGGCUUAUAUAGAGAACUGCUCAUUCUCCUGCUGUGAGCAGUCCUUCAGCAGGAACAUUUGGAAAACUCUGAUAUGUGUAAUUAAGCUAAUGAUUAAUGACCUGAGACCAACCACUGGAUAGAUAGCAAAAGUUGUAUUGCCACUAAAGAGAGUCAAUCCUGAGGCACCUGGGUGGCUCAGUCAGUUAAAUGUCCGACUCUUGAUUGGACUCAAG